UUUUUUUCAGGAAAAUGAAUCUUUGUUGUGUGAAUUAACUCAUAGUGGAAUAAUCCCACUCUGCUAGGAGCAGAAUUCUUACAGAGGUGAGAACAGGUAUGAUAUUUUGAGGUAAAAUUGGGUAGUUUGAAGGCCCGUAGGGCUGAAGGGGCCGGGCAGCGCUGAGGGGACGGCUUCUGACUGCCCCGCCCCCCCCCGGCCCUGCCUCACCACAGCGCCUCCGUCAGCCCCGGGGCCUCCCGCCAGGGGGCGCUGUCCCUGGAGGCAGAGCCGCGGCCCCUUUAAGCGGCGCCCUCCCGCCGGCCACGUUCCAGCGCUCAACCAAACCCGCUGCCGCUCUGCUCCGCCUCCUCCCAUUGGCCGGCUGGCGCUGAGGUCCCGCCUCCCGGCGCUGCGAGCCAAUGGGAAGGCGGGGCAGAGGGGCGGUAGGUUGAGGUGCGCGGCGCUGAGGGGAGCCCUGACGGGGCGCUCCCGGCGGGGCGGCGCUGAGGCGAUUUGAGGUGCGGGGGGGCUGCGGGGCGCCGCCGGUGCGGCUGUGAGCGGGCUGUGAGCGCCCCGUGAGGCGAGUCGGUACAGAACCCGGCCCUGCCGCAGGUGCCGAGGCCGAUGGAGGCCGCCCGCAGCCCCCCCGGCCGCCAGCCCCGCGCCGGGCCCGGCCCCGGCCCUGAGGAGCGGCCCCGAGCCGGGCAGCUGCGGCCCCGCGGCGGGGAGCAGCGGCCCCCAGGGGCUCCCCGCGGCCGGGCGGGGGCCGUGGUGCUGCUGCAGCGAGAGGUGGCGGAGGGCGACAGCCUGAACAAGCUGGCCCUGCAGUACGGCUGCCAGGUGGCGGAUAUCAAACGCGUCAACAACUUCAUCAGGGAGCAGGACCUGUACGCGCUGAAGUCCAUCAAGAUCCCGGUGAAGCCCCACGGGCUGCUGACCGAGAGCAGCCAGGAGCUGAGGCCAGCCCCAGCCCCGCACAGCCCCAGCGGCGUGACGCUCGUGGACCUUCCGGAGCCCGAGGCUGAUGCCGGCAGCUCUGAGGGCAGCCACCUGAGCGACUACUUCAAGGGGAUCGACCAGAGCAUCCAGGAGGCCGUGCGGGCGGAGGUCCAGCUGAACGCCGAGUACUGCACGGAGGCGCUGGAGAGGCCGCUCUGUGAGUCGGGGAAGCGGGAGCCCAGCACUGGUGCGGACUGGGGGAUCCAGUGGUGGAACGCCGUGUUCGUGAUGCUCCUGAUAGGGAUCGUCCUGCCGGUAUUUUACAUCAUCUAUUUUAAAACCCAAGAGAAUGGCGCCGCAGCUCAUACCUCCAACACAACACUAACCUCAAACAUCUCAGCAGAUGGAUUGGAAGGGAAACCACUACAAAGCUCAGAGGUAGAAAAAAAUCCUAAGGGGGAGGUGCAGCCAAACACAGCCCCUCCUCCCAGCACUGAGGCCCAUAAGCCUGUGACUUUGCCACAAGUGCAAUCGGGGGGAUAACAGUACAGAGAUUUUUUUAAUUUCUUUUUUAAAGUAGCUGAUGGUGUAGUCCUGAACUCGACUGAACCUGAGGUGAUGUGGUUUUAUGGAAGAAUAAGGAUGCUUUGUUGCUUGUAACGAUGAAGAGGCAGCUGGCUUAACAUUUGUGAACUCUGUUGAGGGGAAGUAUUUUAAAGCAAUCACUCCUGUUUGCUGCAGGUAUUUCUUACAAAUGGCCUUGCUGAAGAAGCUGAGCCCUUUACUGCUGUGACACAGAGUGCAGUAUUAGUGUGACGGGAAAGCGGGCAGCUGCUUGUAUUGUAAGAAAACACUUUUUGCUUAGAAUAGAAGUGGGGACUUUUUUGCUGAAUUGUCAUCUUUCUCUCCUGCAGAGGGGCAGUCCUGGUGUACCUACCCUUAAAGCCAUGGCUUUGAGGGGAUUAGCUGAGGUGCGCCACAACACAAGGACACUGGGGGUGACUCACGUCACAAGCUUUUCUCCUGCAGGAAACCCUUCAGAGGCAGCGUGAGCGCUGCUGUCUUGCAGGCAGAGCUCCGGGCAGAAUCCUUGCGUGUGUCAGGGUUCAGAUCAUCCGAGCAACUGCUUCAGCACGGCAGCAGGCAUCCAGGCAGUGCUGUGGAGUGGUGGUAGGCCUGUGGUAUGUAGGUUUGAAAGCCUUUUCUGUUGCUUUUAAAGCUCUGUGAGCAAGGCUGGGUGAAUGCUGCAGCACAAGCUGGUGGUGUGCAGAGGCAAUCCCUUCCUGGCCUGAGGAAGAGCAGCCUGAGAGCAUUUAUUUUUUUUUUUAACUUUUUUUUUUUUGCUUAGAACAAACGCUAAGGGGCAAGGACCAUUACACAAACCAAGCAGAACCGUGUGGUGUUAACCCAGUACCCCGGGCUUCCCUGGGCUUCCUGCAACCUUCAAAAAAAGGCUCAGGACAGCGUGAGGGAACUAAUUUUGUGAAUGAGGCACAUAAUGUAUCUUGUACUGGAAAAAAAAAAACAAACCUUGUAUUUUCUUCUGUGAAGGAAAAAGUAUCUCUCAUGGUUGGGGAGAGGGGUAAUUAAUUACUACAUUUUUAAAUAAAGGAAAAUGAAAUAAAAGCACAAGGGGCGCUCACCCACCCCAGA